CCUGCGCGGAAGUGACGAGCGGGCCAUUGCGUCAGCAGCCGGCGCGCGGAUUGACCGGCGGGGUCGGAGGAUCCGUCUGGCCCUCGUGCGCGCCCCCGCUCCCCCCCACGCGCGGGCACGUGCGCCCCCCCCCCGCCCCACGCGCGGGCACGUGGGGCGCGCUCCCCCCCUCUCUCUUUCCACAGGGGCAGCGUCGGUGACGGCCGGGAAAUGUCUCCCCUCAGCUGGAAGCCCUUUGUGUACGGAGGCCUGGCGUCCAUCACCGCCGAGUUCGGCACUUUUCCGAUAGACCUCACUAAAACCCGACUGCAAGUUCAGGGCCAAACUCUUGAUUUGCGUUAUAAGGAGAUUAAAUACAGAGGAAUGCUGCAUGCCCUAUUUCGAAUAUUUAAAGAGGAAGGAUUGAGGGCUCUCUAUUCUGGCAUAAGCCCAGCACUGUUGCGGCAAGCGUCCUAUGGCACCAUCAAAAUCGGAACAUACCAAAGUUUGAAACGCUUGUUUGUAAGCUGCCCAGAAGAUGAACCUCUGCUUGUAAAUGUUUUCUGUGGAAUUCUUGCUGGAGUAGUUUCGUCCUCGAUAGCCAACCCUACAGAUGUCCUAAAGAUACGGAUGCAAGCACAAAGUGACCUUUGUCAGGGAAGUAUGAUUGGUAAUUUCAUUAAUAUCUACCAGCAAGAAGGUACCAGGGGCUUAUGGAGGGGUGUCAGCCUCACUGCCCAGCGAGCAGCCAUUGUUGUGGGUGUGGAGUUACCCAUCUAUGAUGUCACGAAAAAAUAUAUAAUUUUGUCUGGCUUCAUGGGAGACACAGUUUACACGCACUUCCUCUCGAGUUUCACCUGUGGUUUGGCUGGUGCCUUGGCCUCCAAUCCUGUCGAUGUGGUGCGGACUCGCAUGAUGAACCAGAAAGUGGCCUUGGGGGGCCAUGUUGCUUACAAGGGGACCCUGGAUGGUCUCCUGCAGAUCUGGAAGACUGAAGGUUUCUUCGCUUUGUACAAAGGAUUCUGGCCAAACUGGUUACGGCUUGGGCCUUGGAAUAUCAUCUUCUUCAUUACAUAUGAGCAACUCCGGAAACUCCCUAUCUAAGUUGUAUCCUGCAAAAGUUCAUCCUUGUGUUGCUACCUGGCAUUUGUUUGUUGAAGGAAGGAAGCCUUCAUGCCAUUGCCUUUUCUUCCACCCUUGCCUCAGGUUUAUGCAUGAAUGUUGCUGCAUUCAAGUUCAAUGACAUUGUGUGGAAAGAAGAUCUGUGUACAGGAGUCACUCUCUCUCUCUGAAAACUUGGAAGAAUAGAAGACUUUGCCGUCCAGUGGAAACAGCUCACCAGAGGCAGCUGUGGGCACGGGCCUGCACCCAAUGCAUACAGACCUGGUUGUGCCAUAUGCACAUGGAAACACAGAUGUGUACAUAGAUGACAUGCCACUGGACAUGCACGUGCAUGCAGAGACAGACAUGCAGUUUAUGGGAAGAGUUGUACAGUUGUGGAGGUUAAGGAUAAAAGUUCAUCCUCAGUGUAAACUUGGAUAUGGUUUAUCUUUGUGGGAUUGGGGUCACUGUAGUUUGGAUCUGGUACAGUGUCUCAAGUCCUAAAUUAGAAAACAGGACCCUUUCCACCCGUGAAACAACAGGUCAAUAAACAGUACUUUCUAAGACUCAAAGUUCAAACUGGACAGUUAGACUGACUAAAGGCAGGAUUACUGGGGCUUUGCCACAUCCUGAUGUGAAGAAGUGGCUAAAUCAGUCAGUAACCAAGUAUUUACAUUUUCUUGUCUUUGUGCCUGGUUCUAUUUUAAGGCUUCACAAAAGGCAAGACCAAACUAUUUGUAAAGAAAAGGUAUGUGGAAUACUGUGCAUUGAGGGAAGUUCCUCAUUCCCUUUCGUUAAAUGAUGGCAUAAUAUAGCUUUUGUUUCUACUGGUGCUUUUCAGAAUUUCAAAUUAAGAUUCCUUUUUAAAAUUUCUUUUUUGAUUAUUCACCAAAUUUAAACCAAAAUUUAAGUUGCUUUUUGCAUGUUCUUUGAGGUGACUUCUAGGGGUUUCCCUCGGCUGAUUUUCAAACCUUGCCAUUCCAGUUUGCAGCUGUAGUUCAAUGUGAUGAUUUAUUUAGAUUUUGUACCUCGUCCUUCUCUCGUUUUGUGAUGGUUCAGUUCUGGAGGACCUGUCAUUCUUCAAAUGAAAAGGGACACUGGCAUGCCCUGGAAAAGGGGCAGCGGUCCAGAGAUGUAAGUGUUUUCCAAUGCUGCGAUCAUUAUUUCUCCUCCCUCUUUACAGGUUGAAAGGAGUCCCAGUCCCAGAAUCCAUGUUGGUAUUAAAAUAUGAUUAUAACUGAAUCAUGUCCAGGCUUUAUAUCGUCACCCAUUGCUGAUACUUUUCGCUGGAAAGCCAAAAGAUUUCUUUGGUAAAUGUCUCCAACCGUCCUUAUCAGGCUUUCAUCAAGUUCACAUUUAAUGUAUUAUCCUUUGCAAUUUCCAUCAGCUCCAACAUGAUCCCACCACAAAUCACAUCUUCCCCUCCUCGUUUAGCAUUUCAUGGGGACCACUCACUUCAUGACUUCAUGGUCAGCGCUUCCAUCCCCACUGACUGCUUCCCCGUUGCAUGGCACCUUCCAAUGCAACCGGAGGAGAUGCAACACCUGUCGAUUUACUUCUCACCAUCCAGGGACUUAAACCGUCCUUCCAGGCGAAGCAAUGAUUCACUUGCACUUCUGCACUUCUUCCAAUCUAGUGUCCUGCAUUUGGUGUUCACAAUGUAGUCUCCUCUACAUUAGAGAAACAAAAAGGAGAUUUAGUGAUCACUUUGUGGAGCACCUGCACUCAGUCUGCAGCAGUGACCCUGAGCUUCCUGUUCUGUGCCACUUUAAUUCCCAUUCCCAUUCUGACCUGUCUGUCUGCAUCCUCCUCCACUGCUGUAGUGAGGCCCAACAUAAAGUUGAGGAACAAUAUCUUCCAUCCGAGCACUUUGCAAUCUUCCUGGAAUGAACAUUAGUUGUCUAAUGUGUCUCUCAUCGUUUCCUGUUGUGCUGAUGUCCCUUUCUCACCCCAUUUCUAUAAAAUUCCUUGUUACCAGUCAGUACAAUGCUCCCUAUGACCUGAUUUGUCUGAACCAGUCUCCAUUUAGUCUUUUGUCUCAUGCCUUACUCCUCCCCCCAGCUUUGCUUUGAAAAUUAACACCCCUCCUCUCUCCCACAAUUCUGAGGAAAGGUCCCUGACCUAAAAUGUGAACUGGUUUCUCUCUCUUCAGAUGUUGCUUGAUUGGCUGUGUUUUAAUUUCAAGUUUCUGUGAGCCUGUCAAGCCUUUUUUUUGCCAGUCAAUGAGACAGUGGCUGAAAUGUAAUCUUAUUACUGGUUUAACAAAAAUCUUUCAAUCCUGUUCAAAGUUAAAUUAUUGCUGUAUAUGGAAGACAAUUUUCUACUAUCUUUACUUGCAGAAUUGUUUUUUUUCCUUAACUUGUAAGCUUUAGACUUUCCCUGCAGUUUUUUUAAUCUAUAUACUUUCAAGGGAUGUGGACUUUGCAGGCUGAACUAACAUUCGCUGCAGUUCAAUGCUUCCAAGCCACUGGAGAGAGCUAUUUAAUGUCACCUUAUCAGUUCUUGCUCCUCUUUUACCUAUCAGUCUUCUAAGUUCUACAGAAUGCAACUCAAGUUGGCAUCUUGUAAUUUGUCCCGUAUAUCAUAUCUACGUUACACUCCCUUCAAGGCAAGAGAGCUUUACACUUGUCUUUUGUUUUUCAUUAACUGUUGUCUAUGAAUUAUUUUAUGCAACUACACAUGCCCUUUGGCUGUUGAAAUUGAGUUUGAAGCUCAUUCAAUUUUUCAUUGAAUGCCUUCUAAUAAUUUUUUGUUUUACCCUUUAACAGAUUUUCCAGGCUACUGUGACAAUCUCUGUUUCAUCAUGUUUAGAAUUUUAGCUAUUUGGCACUUUUUAAAAAAUAUUACGAUGAAUGUUAUUACAACAUGGUCACAAUUAGGCACGUAUUGCAUUGUUGGACAAUUAUCCAAAUAGAGUUAAGUAUUGAAGUUUCAUUUGGGCAAGCCUGUUGUAAGAAUGAGACAUCAAGUCAUUAAAUAUGUUUUAACCUGUGAGUUACUGAACUGAAAUCUGUCUUAGUGCCAUUGGAUUCUCUUGGAAAUGGUUAUUUCUAAUCAUUGGACAACAGUUGCACUGGUUCAGUCUGCCCAAGGGCACUACGAAACUUCCACAGGAGCAGUCGGUUUUGUAGAUCAGAGCUUACUGCCCUUGUAAUUUAGUGUUGCACUUUUAUUAAGAGCAAACAGCAUGGUGAGAGUAAGAGUCAAUUCUUGUCCCGAUAGAGAGUAAAUUGACUUGUUUGAGUUAGUUUUUGAAUUACGACCAGCGAGUGCCUUGCAGUACUUAUUGUUGGACGCUGCACUGAGCACUCAUUGGUCAAACUCCAUGUGGCAAAGACUAGACAACUGCCCUGUUUCGGAACAGAUUUGUAAAUGUACUGGCGACUAUCCAAUCACUGUUUGUGAUGUUGUACAUUGUCAUUUAUAUGAAGAUUGUGGGGAUUGAAUAUGCAAUUGGAUUUGCUCAGUUCACUCUGUAUAACUUGAUCUUAUGUAAUAAUAUAAAGAUAAUGAAUGCACAAUG